AUGGCGCUCUCGUUCGGCCUGAAGCGCGGCCUCAUUGUGGCCGAGGCCGAGCGCUGGCGCCGAAACUCCCAGCUGGUCACCGACACGCUGCAGCAGAUGCUGGACACGGGCGAGGUGCGCGACCUCUUCCAGCGGCCGCUGGUGAGCCUCUUCUGGCGGCUCGUCACCGGCCGUCGGCUGCCAGCCGCGCAAGCCGAGCGCCUGGCGGGUCUCCUGCGCGACGAGCUCGCCGCGCUCGGUAACCCGUGGGUCGAAAACCGGGUGCUGCGUAGACUCUUCCCGGAGCGCAGCGGCUGGGCGGCGACGCUACGCUUCCGCGACGAACUGCGGGGCGCCGGCUGGAGCCCGGCCAACGACGAGGACCUCGUCAUGAUCCUGUUCGACUUCCUCAACGGCGGCACCGAGCCUGCGCAGUCCCUGCUGGAGUGGGUACUGCUCUACCUCGUGCGCGUUCCGGAGCAGCAGGCGCUUCGCCUGCCGCACGCAUGCGCCUUCGUCGCCGAGGUGCUUCGGCACGCGUGCCCGGUCGCCUUUGGCAUCCCGCACCGCACCGAGACGCCGCACACUGUGCACGGCUACCGCGUGCCGCGUGACACGGUCAUCAUCUACGGCAUCCUGGCCGGCCACUGGGACGGCACGCUCUGGUCGCAGCCGGAGCAGUUCAGACCGGAGCGCUUCCUGCGCGAGGACGGCGCGUUCGCGGCCGGUGACAAGUUCGUGCCGUACGGGGUCGGCCCGCGCCGCUGCCCCGGCCGGCGGCUCGCCGACGCGCUCGCGCUCGGGGUCGUGACCCGGCUCGUGCGUCAGUUUGAGCUAACACCGCCCGACGGAGCGCCGCCGCCACCCGAGGAGGUGGCCGUCGUGUUGACACGGCGCUGCGGACCGUUCCAAGCGCACUUCCGACCGCGGUGA